AAGGCCCACCGUCCAUGAGAGCGACGAGCAAGCGCAGCAGAUAUCAAGCGCGCGUCCCCUCUCGUCCUUCCCCCCUCCGCCUCACUCUCUCUCUCCUCCCCCACCUCCGUCCCUCCGGCCGCCGCCGCGGGCGCCAGAGAUCUCCACAGAGUCUUCCAAUCCCCACCCCGCCCGCCUCCAGGGUCCACGGGUUCCUCCCGCCUGCCUCCCCCGAGCGAGGUCGGUCGCGCCCUGUCCCGGAUCCGCCAUUCCCGGUUCCGCGCCUGGUUUCCUGCUCCGGCUGCGUGGUUCCUGGCUGUCGCGUCCCCGCUCUUGGACCGGGCUCUCCUGGCCUGCCGUUCGCAGGAUCUCGGGCCAGAUCCUGCCCCGCAUGGGGUGUCGUCGGUUCUCAGCCUAGCGGCGCCGCGCCAUUGCCCCCACCAUCACGGAGCAAUCGCUUGCGCGGUUCCUUCGGUUAUCUGAGCUGCGGGAAAUCCCCCGAUUGUUUCUUUCGUCGUGCACCAAUCGCCCUUGCUGCUCCCCGAAUCAGCAGAUCCAGUCCGCCGGGCCUUUUGCUUGUCCCUAAUUUGAGGCAGACUGGUCCCCAUCAAUCAAUCGCUCUCAAUCCCCCCUGCGUUUCCCCUGAUCCCUGCCCCCUCCCACCAUCACCACCAACAAACCACGCACCCAAGAUCCGCCGCUGCAUUGGCCGCGGCCGGCGUGCAUUCUGCGAAUCCGGGUGAUCCAAGAGGCCGCAGCAGGCGCGGCAGCCGCUGGCCGGAGAUGACGUCGCCGUACGCGUCGCCGUUCCUGCUCUCCCUGCUCCUGCUCAUCUCCAUCCCGGUCGUCUUCCUCCUUGCCCCGCGCCUGCUCCCGCCCAAGACGCUCCCGGCCAUCCCGGACGCCGACGAGUCCGACGACCUCGCGCUCUUCCGCCGAGCCAUCCUCUCCUCCUCUUCGGCCACUCCCACGCCCACCUCCGCGGCCUCCUACUUCUUCCGCCGCCGUCCGGCGCCCAAGGUCGCUUUCCUCUUCCUCACCAACUCGGACCUCGUCUUCUCCCCGCUCUGGGAGAAGUUCUUCCGCGGCCACACCCACCUCUUCAACCUCUACGUCCACGCCGACCCCUACUCCGUCCUCGAGCUGCCGCCCACGCCAUCCUUCCGCGGCCGCUUCGUCCCCGCCAAGGCCACGCAGCGCGCCUCCCCUACACUCAUCUCCGCCGCGCGCCGCCUCCUCGCCACCGCGCUCCUUGACGACCCCAACAACCAGUUCUUCGCGCUCCUGUCGCAGUCCUGCAUCCCGCUCCACCCGUUCCCCACCCUCUACAACGCACUCCUCUCCGACAAUGCUGGCCCUCAUAGCCACCACCGCAGCUUCAUAGAGAUAAUGGACAACAUGGACAACGACACCAAGCUGCUGCAUGACAGGUACUAUGCCCGAGGUGACGAUGUCAUGCUCCCGGAGGUUCCAUAUGAUCAGUUCCGGGCUGGGUCGCAGUUCUUUGUGCUCACGAGAAGGCACGCCAUCAUGGUCGUGAGGGAUAUGCGACUUUGGAAGAAGUUCAAGUUGCCCUGUCUGAUCGAGCGCAGGGAUUCAUGCUACCCGGAGGAGCAUUACUUCCCCACACUGCUGGAUAUGCAGGAUCCUGAGGGUUGUACUAAGUAUACCCUUACAAGGGUAAAUUGGACGGAUUCAGUUGCAGGCCACCCACACAUGUAUGAGCCUGGAGAGGUAUCCGCAAGCUUGAUCAGGGAGCUGAGGAAGUCGAACACGACACACCCUUACAUGUUCGCCCGCAAGUUUUCUCCUGAGUGCCUUGAGCCGCUGAUGGAGAUUGUGGACUCGGUUAUCCUACGUGACUAGUCUGAAGCAACAUCGAUUUGAUGGUUGGAGUUUGUACACUGAAAUGAACCAGGUCAUGCUAGAUUCAUUGGAUCAACGUAACAAUGCCAUACUUGCUGAACCUGUGACUCUCACUGUGGUUCUUUGCUAGGUCCAAUGAACAAUGUCCAUAACGUCCUCUCCUUGUUUCAGGCAUCUAAGGAAAGUUAGACUGCAAUGCUACUUUCGCUUCCGCCGUGAUCAGAUGGACAAACGAGUAGUUUCAUCUCUGCCUUCUAGAACCUCCUCGAGGAACAACAUAUCCUCCUCUUGCCUCUUUUUUUUUUUUGAAGUUAUUCUCUUUUUUCCUGGGAAGAAGGUGCUGCUGCUGGGAGAGUACUAUGUGGCUACGAAUUGUCGCUUUGUGAGUACACUGUUCGAGCACAGCAGUUUCUUUAGUAGGGCAAUAGUUAAUGUGAUCAUCCUAUGUAUACAUGGUGAAUACAUGCUGUGAUGAUUUGUAGGUUCUGUUGCAUAUAUACCAUCUCCAACCCUGUUUUGGUCGUGCAGCCUGUAGUGCAAAACAUUGUUUUGUAUGACCAUAUGCACUAUCUGCUGGAGACAACCUUA